AGCUGCAACUGCAACUUGUUCCGCUCGCCUUCGCCAUGACGAGGCAAUCAGCGGAGGCGCGGGCCAGGCUGGCCAGCAUGGCGGUCAGCCUCUCCUUUUGGUUGGGAGGUGUCAGCCUGGUAAUCCUCAAAUGCCUAGCCUACUUCAUCUCUGGCAGCGAGCUGAUCAAGGCCUCCGUCUUUGAGUCCCUUGGAGACGUCAUGAGCAGCGCCAUCCUAGCAGUCACACAGAUGAAAGUCCGCGACGAGCGAGACAUGCACCUCUACCCCACGGGGAAGAAGCGCUUCACGCCCCUGGGCAUCCUCUUCUUCUCGGCCUUCGCGGUGUCCACGAUGAUCAGCCUCGUGAUCGAGAACGUUGAGAAGCUUUUUGGGCUGUCCGAUGAAGAGGAGCGGAGAUUGCUGCUGAGAAGAGUCUUUGAUGAACAGCCCAGGUUGAGAGGUGGGCUGCGACCAGCGCAGCUGGAACAGCUCAUUGAAAGCUAUGGUGAGGAGGAGGCCAGCGACAUGACUCACGCCUUGGUGGUGCUUCUCUUCGCUUGCAUUGUCAUCAAGAGUGGGUUGCUGAUCUUCUGCCUCUACGCGGCGAAGCAUGGAGAGUCGGAGAUUGCGAGGACAGUGUCAAUGGACCACAGGAAUGAUAUCCUGGGCAACUCCCUGGUGCUCUUCAUUGUUGCCGGAAGUGCCUGGUGCCAGCGCACCGGCUCCGGCGGGGAGUGGCUGGAGAAGGUUGACCCAGCCUCCUCCAUGCUGUUGGCCCUGUACGUGCUGAUCUCUUGGCUUCAAACAGCCAGCGAGCAGCUUCGCGUCCUGUCAGACAGACGCACAGAGGAGGAGCACGAGCAGGCCAUCGUGGCAUUUGCAGAAGAUCAUUUGAAGGACAGCCACUUCCAACUGGUCCAGGCCAACACCUACCAUAUCGGUGAGGGUUUUGCAGCCAAGCUGGACCUGCAACCCAAGGACGGCACGCAAGAAUCUCCCAGCGAGGUGGCCAGGGCUUUGGAUGUCUUAGAGAAUGCCAUGCUGGAAGCGAACUUGGAGGUCAGGGAGGUUCAUGCGAGACUUCGACCAACCCAGGCGAAGAAACACGGCGACAUGGCCUGGGUGGCAGAGUACCAGCGCUAGCAAAGAACUUGGCGCAGCUUUGUCCUGGUGCAGAGAGGUUUCUUGUUACAAAGAGUGAAUCUCUUAGCAUCUCAUAGCAAAGAUCUUUGCAGAAAGAACUUUGCUCGAUUUCUUCAGCAGCCGUCCUGGCAGCAUGUCGCGAG